GAAAGCGGAGAAUACGCCGGUUAUCACGCAGAACGAAAACGGACCGUGCCCGUUGCUCGCGAUUAUGAACGUUCUGCUUCUGGCGCGGAAGAUUAAGCUGCCGCCUAUGAUGGAAAUUAUAACGGCAGAACAGUUAAUGGAGUACUUGGGCGACUACAUCUUGGAUGCAAAACCGAAAGAGAUAACAGACGCCCAGAGAUUAAACUAUGAACAGAACAUGAGUGAUGCAAUGGCCAUACUACACAAAUUGCAGACUGGACUGGAUGUAAAUGUCAAGUUUACUGGUGUAAGAGUAUUUGAAUACACGCCUGAGUGCAUCGUAUUUGAUCUUCUCGAUAUUGCACUUUACCAUGGAUGGUUGGUGGAUCCUCAGAAUGCUGAUAUAGCGAAGGCAGUGGGGAUGUGCAGUUAUAACCAGCUGGUGGAGAAGAUUAUCUUCUGUAAACAGUCAGAGAACAGUGAACUAGUCAGUGAAGCAUUUGUUGCAGAGCAGUUUCUGAACAGCACGGCAACCCAGCUGACAUACCAUGGGUUGUGUGAACUAAUGUCUGGAGUGCAAGAAGGAGAACUAUGCGUGUUCUUUCGCAAUAACCAUUUCAGCACGAUGACGAAACACAAGGAUCAGCUGUAUCUACUGGUGACAGACCAGGGUUUUCUGACGGAAGAGAAGGUGGUUUGGGAGAGUUUACACAAUGUGGAUGGAGAUGGCAAUUUCUGUGAUUCUGAAUUUCACUUGAGACCUCCUUCUGACCCAGAAGCGGGGUACAAGGGGCAGCAGGAUCAAAUAGAUCAGCAAGAGCAGCAGAGCCAGGACAUGUCCUGGGAGCAGAUCCCUGAAGGAAUCAGUGAUCUCGAGCUGGCAAAGAAACUGCAGGAAGAGGAGGACAGGCGAGCUUCUCAGUUCUAUCAGGAACAAGAACAGGCAGCGUCUGCUCAAACCCAGCAAGGGCAGCAAUCGCAGGCGGCAGCAGCAGCCACCACCACUGGGAGACAGCCUGGGAGCAGCGAACGCAAACAACGGAAAGAACCGCGAGAGAAGGAAAAGGACAAAUGUAUUCUCUUGUGACGGGGGUGAAUUUUGCCAGGAACUAAGUGCAUAACCCCUAAAAAGAACCUGGUGACAUGCCGUCUGUGCCUGAUCCCUAAUUGUUCAUAUUUUGAGAAGAGAAAGGAUGGCUUCUUUGAUACAGUUGGCCAAACUUUGUUGUAUGUUGCACAAUGCACUAUAUUCAUAAUGGAGUUUCUACGGUAUUGCUUGAUGCGGUUACAUUUCAGACAUAUUCAUUUGCUUAAUGCAGAAAAAGCAUUUUGACAUGUAACAGUAAAAUCACAGUGCCUCUUUUCUUCAUUAUUUGGCAUUAACGCCAUCAGUUAAUAAGCUAUUUUAACUAAUGCUGCCUCCGUUUUAUUACAGGACAUGAUGGGCAGUUUGGUUUAUUUUUUCCCCCCCAUUUGCUUACAAUAAAUGGCAAUAGCUAGAAUAUGCUCUUGAGCUUUCAUUAACUUAUAACUGUACCUGAUCUAGAUGUUGAAACAAACUUUUAAAAAAGAGAGAUAUUUAGUAAUCGUUUCUAAAGAAGUUAAAGAUGUGUUGACAGAAAAUUUAGUGAGAUACAAGUGUAGGGGUAGAAAAUCUUGUCUAGGAAUUUUUUUAAAAAAUUCCCUUGAGCUGGUUUUGCUGUAGAAGCCAUAAUAACCUUCAUAUGAAUAAGGAGGAAAAAGUAAUGGUGUUACUCUUGCUUCCAUUUUUGUUUAACUGAAGGAUUGUUCCAUGCAUUGCAUGGUUCUGAAAUUGUUCCUGCAAAACUCACUUUUGGGGAAAUGGGUGAAAUGGUGAUUUGAAGUGUAAGAUGGUCAUUACAACAAGAAUAAUAGACAAAACAAAUCUUUGUUUUGACCAAACAUUUUUUGGGGCAAGUUACAAUUAUAUCAAGAUUUACAAACCAGUAAUAAGCUGUGGAAGGCACAAACUGCUGCCUGCCAAAGUUUUGCCAUCUUUGUCCAUUUGUCUAUAGGAUUUUUUUUUUAAUCAAGCAAAUAAAAUGCAACCUUAAAAGCAGCACUCUUUGCAAUGACAUUGAGAUUCCUCCAGCUUUCUUCAGUCCUGAAUGACGUGCAUAAUUUAUUUGGUUGCCAUGGUCUGGCUGCUUUAUGUUGUGCCUUGAAAUUUAUUUGGUCAAAUACUGCUCGAUUCCAGAGGAAAUACAAUAAAAAUUGCUUGCCUGAAUGGGACCAAUAUUUCAAAAUAGGGGGCAUUUUAAAUGCAGUGAUUCAUAGAAACAAUUAUUUUUGCUGAUGUUAAACCUAGUGGUUUCAUAUAUAUUAUAUGCUUCCCAUUGAUUCACUAAUAUAAUGCCCCAACAAUAUUGCUUGGAACAUGUCAGCAAACACUACCUGUUGUCAGACAAAAAAAAAUUUGAAGCUCAUAUUUAUAUUGAUACUGAUCUGCUCACGAUUCUAUUAAUCUAUUCCUUUUGUGCUUUUUAAUGAACUGACCAGUUAAUUUAUUUGAAUAGCUCUAAUAUGAUUUCUUUCAGGUCAUCUUCAAUUAGCUGCUAAGAAUAGAGGAAUUGUAACAGGAGGAAAACCUACAACUCUCCGGUAGCUGAAAAGUAGACAAAAAAGGCUGUCUUUGUACUGAUACAUGCAUAUUUAUUCAUUGUGAAAUCAGACAUCCCAGACAAUUAAUUAACACACUUCCAUGUCAGUAAUUCUUAGGUUUCUUGAAAGAUCAUGUUAUAGCUAUAGAUUUCCUUUAUUGGUCAUUUUCCUCCAAUGAGGGUUCAGUGGAAGAAAGUAUUUUGGGGGUAAAAAAGAUUGUCUGAAGAUUGUUUGCUGAAACCAUCUGUAUAUUUUAGAUCAGCUGAUGUGUUUAGUGCAUGAUAAUUCUAGGAAGUCACAUACGUACAUAAUGAUAUGCACAUAGAUCCGAAUGAAAAUUCGUACCUGUCUCAUUAAAAUGUGACUGAUGUUAAAAGCAUUAAGAUUUGAAAUCCAUAUAAAUCUUAAUUCCCCACCCAGCCCUUGUACUGCUUUUGUCAUUUUGAUGCAAUUUUUCAAGAGCAAAUGAGAAGAAUCCCCACCUGUGCUUCUAAACCAAGAAGGUACGGAAAUGUAUAUUACCUGUAACUGUGAGCCUUGUAUUACUAGUGCAGCUCUGAGAAAUGGUACCUGCAGUUCCUGGUCUAACACUAAUGUGCAUUUGACUUCGUUUAAUUCUUUUCAAUGUGUAAUAAAUAGAAGGACCGCUGAAAACUAUGUUAAGUCACUUUAAGGACCGAAAUGUGCUUUAAACGUCACUUGUUUUGCAUGCUUGUUUUAUUAAAAGGGUAAAGAUCAGUUAAUUUCAUUCUACAAAACCUAAUUUUGCAGAAUACCAGAUUUGAAUUCUUUGUGCAGAUAUUCAGUGCAUGAAAGCUAAAUGUUGAACUAAACAUUUCAUCACUAAGGUAAGGUGAUUUGUUGUUUCAAGUAUUACAAUAGAAUAUUGGCUGGAUGUUUUAAACACAUCAACCAUAUCACCUUGGAAAUGUAAUCUUUUAUGAGAUUGAAGGGUAUUGGGUUUAUGAUAAUUUUUCUGCACACCAUAGGACACUUUGUAUAAUUAGCACCAUAGUGCAUGUUUGUAUUUCACCACAUACUGACAAUGGGAAAAGGAAAUGUUGAACAGAACCUACUUGCAAUGGUUUUUGUUGCACCUAUCAGUUUGCUGCAGUCUUUAUUUUAUGAGACUGAUUUACCAAAACACUUGUGAAUUUCUUUAUAUACAUUGUGUGUGGGGGACAUAUGUACUAUAUGUUUUAAAGUUGUUUGUGUGACCUAUUUUAAAUGUCUCGAGUAGAGCGACUACACUACUUGCUUUUGUAUCCUGAUAUUGUUACAAGUCUUGUAGUUUUGGAAGCUCUGCCUUAUGGUAGAUUUUGGUUACAAAAUAUUCAGGUCCUUUCUAUAACUUGUCCAUAGAUGUUUGUAGCACACAAUUACCUUAAUGUGUGUAUUAAACAAGUUCUGACAAUCUCCUAUUCUGCUUUUGUAGGUGGUACAUUUCAUUAAUAGGUCUUGGUCAUUUGGCACUAUAUUAAAAAAAAUUAGUAAACAAGAUUUAUAUGGAACAAUGUUUUCUCACUUUAUAUGCUUCGUAUUAAAUGACUGAAGCUUGGCAAAAUAGCUACCCAUUUAUUGCUGUAUGCAUCUUAAAUUAUUCCUUUAUGAAGUAGGAGACAGACAGUAGCAUAUUGUGCCAUAAGAAUUUUCUUACGGUUCUAUGCUUGCAAAUAAGCCUAAAGUGAUAGAAUUAAUGCUUUGUAUGUAUUAUUUGAGGUGUAUUUUUUUUAAAAAAGUGGGAAAUGUAAGGGAGGUUUUGCUAAUAAAAUUCUAGAUUUCAAUGCCUAAAUUGGAGGAGGAAAAUCAUACGUUAGUUAAUUGGUGUAAACAUCAGUAAAGAUUUAAUGAAUGAUUUAACUACAGGAAGUGUUUAAGAUCUCUUAUGAGGGAAUACCUCUGGUUAAAACAUAAAAUGGAUAUGCAAAUGAUGGUAUAAAUUAAUAAAGAUAUGGACAGUGUUGGGGAUUAGGGUCAAACUGUUACAUAACUUCCACAUAGUGAAUUACUGAUGGGUAAGUCUGUUCCCUAGUAUCCCUCAACAACUUUUUGGUGUGUAUUUGGAGUAGAAUAAGCAUGAGGGACUGAAUACCAGACAGUACAAGAAGUUUUAGGAUUGGUAUACUGUGACCAAAUCAGCUUUGCCAGCUGAACUGUACACCCAUUAGUGCCUAGAUAACAAUCAAGCGUACAAGCAAGUCAUUUCUGGAAUAGUGUUACAUUGGAGCAUACAACUUUGGGUGAUUGUCCUUAAUUUAUUUGGCACCACUCAGUGCUAAAACUUCUGCCAUGGUAGAAGUGUUUAAAUUGGUAAGCACCAAACUAAAAUAAAGUGGAUUUCUUGCA